AUGAACCGGACGACCCCCGACCAGGAGCGGGCGCCGGCGUCCGAGCCCGUGUGGGAGCGGCCCUGGUCGGUGGAGGAGAUCCGCAGGAGCAGCCAGAGCUGGUCGCUGGCGGCCGAUGCGGGCCUACUACAGUUUCUACAGGAAUUCUCACAGCAGACUAUCUCUAGGACCCAUGAAAUCAAGAAACAAGUGGAUGGGUUAAUCCGGGAAACUAAAGCCACAGAUUGUCGCCUACAUAAUGUCUUCAAUGACUUCCUUAUGCUGUCUAAUACCCAGUUCAUUGAAAACCGUGUAUACGAUGAAGAAGUGGAGGAGCCGAUACUCAAGGCUGAGACAGAAAAAGCAGAACAGGAGAAGACCCGGGAACAGAAAGAAGUAGAUCUGAUUCCUAAGGUUCAGGAGGCUGUGAACUAUGGUUUACAAGUAUUGGACAGCGCAUUUGAACAACUAGAUAUAAAAGCAGGAAACUCAGACUCAGAAGAAGAUGAUGCUAAUGAACGGGUGGAACUGAUCCUUGAACCAAAGGAUCUGUACAUUGAUCGUCCUUUACCUUAUUUAAUUGGGUCAAAGCUAUUCAUGGAGCAGGAAGAUGUAGGUCUCGGAGAGCUGUCUAGUGAAGAGGGGUCAGUAGGCAGCGACCGUGGCAGCAUUGCAGACAGUGAAGAGAAUGAAGAAGAGGAGUCAGAUGAAGAUUUUGCCACUCAUAGUGACAAUGACCAAAACCGGCACACUGCACAAAUGAGUGACGAAGAAGAGGACGAUGAUGGUUGUGACAUUUUCGCUGACUCUGAGAAGGAGGAGGAAGAUAUUGAGGACAUUGAAGAAAAUACCAGACCUAAAAAAAGUCGACCUACGUCAUUUGCUGAUGAGCUGGCGGCUCGAAUCAAAGGGGAAGCUGCAAGCCAGGUGGAAGAGCAAAUCUUGUCCAUAGGAGAAGGAAAACCUCGGAAGACACCAAAGGAGAAGAAGGACAGGAGAACUCCCUCAGAUGACGAAGAGGACAACUUAUUCGCACCCCCCAAGCUGACUGAUGAAGAUUUCUCUCCAUUUGGCUCUCGAGGUGGCCUGUUCAGUGGAGGGAAGGGACUUUUUGAUGAUGAGGAUGAGGAGAGUGAUCUCUUCACGGAAGCCCCUCAGGAUCAGGAAGCUCGAAGCUCUGUUAAUGCAGUGUCUUCAUCCUCCAAACCCGGAAAGAAAAUCCCAGCAGGAGCUGUUUCUGUAUUUUUAGGAGACACUGAUGUGUUCGGUGCCACCUCUGUUCCAUCACUGAAGGAGCCACAGAAGCCUGAGCAGCCUGCUCCAAGGAAAAGCCCGUACCCUCCAGCCCCUGCUGGCCUCUUCGAUGAUGACGAUGACGAUGACGACUUCUUUGCGGCAUCCUCCAGCAAACCUUCCAAGACAGAACAAGGUCAAAUCCCUGCCAGUAUCUUUUGAUGAUGAGGAAGAGACCUGUUCAAAAGAAAAGCGCUGCUUGAAGCUAAUGGAAUCAGACAGAUUGAAAAAAAACAGGGCAGAAAAAAAGAAUGAGUUACCCAACCUUCCACCAAAAGUCCCAAGCCCUUGUCAGAAACAAAGAAGACUCAAAAAGGUUUAUUUUCAGACGAAGAGGACUCUGAGGAUUUGUUUUCUUCACAAAAUGUGAGUAAGUCAAAAGAGGCAUCUCUCCUGCCUAGCAAACUCCCCACGUCGGUCUCGCUUUUUGAUGAUGAAGAUGAAGAGGAUAAUCUUUUUGGGGCAACAGCUGCUAAGAAGCAGACAUCUUCUCUUCUAACUCAGAGCCAAGAGAAAGCAAAGCCUUCUGAGCCCUCCAGAAAGAAAGCAUCUGCCUUACUGUUCAGCAGUGAUGAGGAGGAUCAGUGGAAUGUUACUGAUUCACAGAUGAACUCAGCGUCUGACAACAGAUCUAAAGGAGAACUAAGGGGCUCUGGGACCAAUCAGGAGCAGGAGGCUAAGGCUGUGAAAAAGACCAGCCUCUUUGAGGAGGAUGAUGAAGAUGAUCUGUUUGCUGUUGCUAAGGACAGCCAAAAGAAGACCCAGAGAGUGUCACUCCUCUUUGAAGAUGAUGCCGAUAGUGGAAGCUCUCUCUUUGGCUCUCCUCCUGCAUCUGUUCCUCCUACAACAACGAAAAGAGAGACUGUCCCUGAAGUACCACCUUUGCUGUUCAGCGACGAAGAAAAGGAGGCACCAUUCGGAGUGAAACCUGGGGAUAAGAAGGUUGAUGGUGGCAAAGACUCAUCAGCAGUGGGGAGCACUCAUUUGGUUGAGGAGUCAGAAAAGGGUCCUGAUCCUGAUACUCGCCCAAAGAGCACAGGUGUCUUUCAGGAUGAAGAGCUCCUUUUUAGUCACAAGCUCCAGAAGGACAAUGAUCCAGAUGUUGACCUCUUCUCUGGCACCAAGAAAACCAGGUUACUAGAGCCAAGUGCUGGGAGCCUAUUUGGGGAUGAUGAAGAUGAUGAUCUUUUCAGCCCUGCCAAGUCACAGCCUUUGAUCUCAGAAAAGAAGAAGGUAGUGAAAAAAGACCACUCUGUAUCCUCUGUCAAGAACCAGAAACAUCCUGAAUCCACUCAGCAGGGUAUCAAAGAAAAAAGCACAUUGAAACCGGAAACACCUCAGGACUCACCAGGUCCCGCUCCAUUUAAAACCAAAGAACCAUCCCCUCGGAUCUGGAAAAUACAAGCAAAUUUAGCGAUUAAUCCAGCAGCCUUGCUGCCUGCAGCGGCUCCCCAGAUCUCUGGAGUAAAACCUGUUUUGCCAGAAUUGGCUUUUCCUUCAUCUGAACCCGAGAGGAUCCACGGUCUGGAAAGUAUGCCCGCUCUUCCUAGUAGUGGGGAGGCCGGCGUGAGUUUCGAUCUUCCAGCUCAGGCAGACACCUUACACAGUGCAAAUAAGAGUCGGGUCAAAGUGCGAGGGAAGCGUAGACCGCAGACCCGUGCGGCUCGGAGGUUGGCUGCCCAGGAGUCCGGUGAGGCCGAGGAUGUGAGUGUCCCCAGAAGAUCCAUUGAACGCUUGGUAGAUGGCGACAUUUCACCAGGUGACCCUCAACCACAGCCCAGGGCAGCUGGGAGAAAAGACAUCUCUGAGGAGGCUGAGGCAGCUGCCGCUCCAACUUGGGCAGGUGGUCCUGUACCUGAAGUAGACAGAAGCCCCUUUGCGAAAUCUCUGGGUCAGCCUCUUGAGGAUGACAUUUUUGAUUCUGGAGAUAUCUUUUCCAAGGGCACUGGCUCUCAGCCCACGGGGAGAAGAAAAGCCAAGACAAAGGCAGCAGAUGGCCUGGCCAACCCAACAGGGGGAAGUAAAGAGAAGAGCCCCAUGUUUCCCUCUCUAGGUGAGGCAGGCAGUGAUUAUGAUCUCUUCCAGUCUGUUAAACCAAAACCAGCAAAGAAAAAUCCUUUCCCGCUCCUGGAAGAUGAGGAUGAUCUCUUUACAGAUCAGAAAGGCAAGAAGAAUGAGUCCAAAUCCAACGGUCAGCAGGAGGCCAUCUCAAAAGCACAAGAUAUUUUUGAGGAUGAUAUAUUUGCUACAGAAGCAAUUAAACCCUCGCAAAAAGCAAGAGAGAAGGAAAGAACAUUUGAAUCCAACUUGUUUGAUGAUAACAUUGAUAUCUUUGCUGACCUAACUGUAAAACCAAAAGAAAAGUCCAAAAAGAAAGUGGAAGCUAAGUCUAUAUUUGAUGAUGAUAUGGAUGAUAUCUUCUCGUCUGGUAUCCAGGCUAAGACAACCAAACCAAAAAGUCGAUCUUCACAGGCAGCAGCCGAACCACGAUCUGAACAGAAGGUGUCCAACAUAUUUGAUGAUCCCUUGAAUGCCUUUGGAGGCCAGUAG